CUUCGAUCCCUGGCCCGACCUGCCUGUGCACAAACGGAAGGGUGAGCAGAGGCAACUCGAAGUGCAUACGUCAUCUCUGUGAAGCGCGUCAUAUGGGUGCUCCCGUCUGCCGCCCCCUUCUGCAGCGCAGCAGCGCGAAUCUGUGUUUGUUUUCCUGGGUGCCUAUUUGGGCCCUUGCUGCUGCUGCCAGGCAGCAGAAUAAACUACACGAGAGAGAGCUGCGCCAGAGUGUCUCUGGCAGUUCCCCACAAAGCUUGGAGGCUUUUCCACGCUGGGUCGCACCUUUGCCGGUUAGGCUGACGCUAAAAUUAUCUCCUUGUCUUUGGAUUCCAGGGGAAGGGGGAGACAAAAGGAAACCUUACAUAGAAGGCUGCGUAUCCCCUCGCAUGGAGGAUGAGGCAAAGCUGACCUUGAGUGACCCAGGGACUUAUCAAAUCAUACACACAAUCGCUCACGCCUGCAGUGGGUUUGACCUCGCGUCCAAACGUCAAGCGCUGCCCCGGCACGAAAAGCACUGGAUACGUACAUACCACAUCCCAACUCCGCCCCACAUCACAGGGCUGUGCCACCACCACCCGCUCGGCUGAGCAACUGCAACCACGUCUUAGGUACCGUCUCUGAGGGUCCCGUCUCACACGUUCUCCGAAGCUCGAAAUCCUCCUGCUCAGAGGUGGCUCGCGGAAAAGACACCAGAUUCAUUCAGCAGCAAGCAUUCCGCCGGGUUGCCCCAGAUUGCACAUAGACACUGUACCUGUCAGCCGCUGACGA